AUGGCAGCGACGUCCACGCCGCUGCUCCUCGAUUACCGCAUAGCGCUCCUCACAGCGCUCGUCAUUCUUGCAGCAGCGUGUCGGCCGUGCCGCGGCGAUGGAUGGGAUUUAAACCACGCCGCGUCCCACGUGGCGGAGCGGCCGUUCACGUGCGUGCACGACUCGCACGUGGCGGCGCGCAGCAGAGAGCACACGCGCCGGCAACUGGCGUCGUACCGCACAGGGUGGGUGGGGCCGUGCGGUACAGGGUGGGUGGGGCUGUGCGGUACAGGGUGGGCUGAGGUGGACAUCGACGUGGACCCAUCCCUGCUGGCGGCGCAUUCGCUCUGCCAAUCAGAGGACCCCGCCACGUGUGGGGAGGUGGCAGCCGGGACAGGCACACCUGGUGCUGACGUCAUCCUGUUUCUCUCAGCCAAACCCUCCCCCCACAGCUCCCGUCAUCCCCUCCUGCAUUCACCCUCCCAAUUAACGCACCCCCCGUUCUCCCCCGUGCCCUUCUCUCUUUCCCCCGCCCUCGGCGCGGAGCAGCAAACGGCCACGUGCGGCAGCACGACAGCGGCGGCCCACGCGUCGCACUGCGCGGUGGACCCGGCGUCGAACCGCCCGCUCGCCGCGUCGCUGAACCUCUGCCCGCUGGCUUGGCGCGCCGUGGGGCAGCACUCGCCGUCGUACGACUCGCAGGUGCACGUGGUGCUGCACCAGCUCACGCACGCGCUCGCCUUCAGCUCCGCGCUCUUCCCGCUCUUCAAGGACGUAAGAGGUACGCCGCUUCUCACGCCCCGCCACUCCGCUGCUGCCCUCCGUGUGCCUUGUCUCCUCCCCUCGUCUCUCCACAGUCAUGCCUCUGCGCACUUUGUUUCCUCCCGCUCUCUCUCCCUCCCUCCGCGCCCACCAGGCCAGCCGUACGCGCAGGUGGUGGCGACGGCAAAGCAGGCGGACGGCAGCACUGUGUCGAAGAUCGUCACGCCCGCCGUGGUGGCCGCAGCGCAGCGCCACUUCGACUGCCCCGCGCUCGACGGCGCCGAGCUGCACUCCGCCCCGCCCUCCGCCUCCGCGCCCGCCUCUCCCGCCCCCUCCGCGGCCCCCGCGGAGGCGAACAGCACGGAGUGGGGGUCGCUGGUGACCUCGGUGCAGCCGCAGAACGCGCUGACGGGGGGAGUGGCGCUGGAAGGGGGCGCGGAGGGGGGGGAGGUGGUGAGCAGCCAUUGGAGCGUGCUGCGCUUCGAGCACGAGUACAUGGGCGGGGGGACUUCCACGGGGGGACCAUCGGCCCCUGCCCUGACAACCGCCGCAUGUGCCUCUCUGCCAUGUGCCCCAACGACUGCUCGGGGAAAGGUGCGCACGGAGAGUGGGGGAAGGGGCGCACGGAGAGUGGGGGAAGGGGCGCACGGAGAGUGGGGGAAGGGGCGCACGGAGAGUGGGGGAAGGGGCGCACGGAGAGUGGGGGAAGGGGCGCACGGAGAGUGGGGGAAGGGGCGCACGGAGAGUGGGGGAAGGGGCGCACGGAGAGUGGGGGAAGGGGCGCACGGAGAGUGGGGGAAGGGGCGCACGGAGAGUGGGGGAAGGGGCGCACGGAGAGUGGGGGAAGGGGCGCACGGAGAGUGGGGGAAGGGGCGCACGGAGAGUGGGGGAAGGGGCGCACGGAGAGUGGGGGAAGGGGCGCACGGAGAGUGGGGGAAGGGGCGCACGGAGAGUGGGGGAAGGGGCGCACGGAGAGUGGGGGAAGGGGCGCACGGAGAGUGGGGGAAGGGGCGCACGGAGAGUGGGGGAAGGGGCGCACGGAGAGUGGGGGAAGGGGCGCACGGAGAGUGGGGGAAGGGGCGCACGGAGAGUGGGGGAAGGGGCGCACGGAGAGUGGGGGAAGGGGCGCACGGAGAGUGGGGGAAGGGGCGCACGGAGAGUGGGGGAAGGGGCGCACGGAGAGUGGGGGAAGGGGCGCACGGAGAGUGGGGGAAGGGGCGCACGGAGAGUGGGGGAAGGGGCGCACGGAGAGUGGGGGAAGGGGCGCACGGAGAGUGGGGGAAGGGGCGCACGGAGAGUGGGGGAAGGGGCGCACGGAGAGUGGGGGAAGGGGCGCACGGAGAGUGGGGGAAGGGGCGCACGGAGAGUGGGGGAAGGGGCGCACGGAGAGUGGGGGAAGGGGCGCACGGAGAGUGGGGGAAGGGGCGCACGGAGAGUGGGGGAAGGGGCGCACGGAGAGUGGGGGAAGGGGCGCACGGAGAGUGGGGGAAGGGGCGCACGGAGAGUGGGGGAAGGGGCGCACGGAGAGUGGGGGAAGGGGCGCACGGAGAGUGGGGGAAGGGGCGCACGGAGAGUGGGGGAAGGGGCGCACGGAGAGUGGGGGAAGGGGCGCACGGAGAGUGGGGGAAGGGGCGCACGGAGAGUGGGGGAAGGGGCGCACGGAGAGUGGGGGAAGAGGCGCACGGAGAGUGGGGGAAGGGGCGCACGGAGAGUGGGGGAAGGGGCGCACGGAGAGUGGGGGAAGGGGCGCACGGAGAGUGGGGGAAGGGGCGCACGGAGAGUGGGGGAAGGGGCGCACGGAGAGUGGGGGAAGGGGCGCACGGAGAGUGGGGGAAGGGGCGCACGGAGAGUGGGGGAAGGGGCGCACGGAGAGUGGGGGAAGGGGCGCACGGAGAGUGGGGGAAGGGGCGCACGGAGAGUGGGGGAAGGGGCGCACGGAGAGUGGGGGAAGGGGCGCACGGAGAGUGGGGGAAGGGGCGCACGGAGAGUGGGGGAAGGGGCGCACGGAGAGUGGGGGAAGGGGCGCACGGAGAGUGGGGGAAGGGGCGCACGGAGAGUGGGGGAAGGGGCGCACGGAGAGUGGGGGAAGGGGCGCACGGAGAGUGGGGGAAGGGGCGCACGGAGAGUGGGGGAAGGGGCGCACGGAGAGUGGGGGAAGGGGCGCACGGAGAGUGGGGGAAGGGGCGCACGGAGAGUGGGGGAAGGGGCGCACGGAGAGUGGGGGAAGGGGCGCACGGAGAGUGGGGGAAGGGGCGCACGGAGAGUGGGGGAAGGGGCGCACGGAGAGUGGGGGAAGGGGCGCACGGAGAGUGGGGGAAGGGGCGCACGGAGAGUGGGGGAAGGGGCGCACGGAGAGUGGGGGAAGGGGCGCACGGAGAGUGGGGGAAGGGGCGCACGGAGAGUGGGGGAAGGGGCGCACGGAGAGUGGGGGAAGGGGCGCACGGAGAGUGGGGGAAGGGGCGCACGGAGAGUGGGGGAAGGGGCGCACGGAGAGUGGGGGAAGGGGCGCACGGAGAGUGGGGGAAGGGGCGCACGGAGAGUGGGGGAAGGGGCGCACGGAGAGUGGGGGAAGGGGCGCACGGAGAGUGGGGGAAGGGGCGCACGGAGAGUGGGGGAAGGGGCGCACGGAGAGUGGGGGAAGGGGCGCACGGAGAGUGGGGGAAGGGGCGCACGGAGAGUGGGGGAAGGGGCGCACGGAGAGUGGGGGAAGGGGCGCACGGAGAGUGGGGGAAGGGGCGCACGGAGAGUGGGGGAAGGGGCGCACGGAGAGUGGGGGAAGGGGCGCACGGAGAGUGGGGGAAGGGGCGCACGGAGAGUGGGGGAAGGGGCGCACGGAGAGUGGGGGAAGGGGCGCACGGAGAGUGGGGGAAGGGGCGCACGGAGAGUGGGGGAAGGGGCGCACGGAGAGUGGGGGAAGGGGCGCACGGAGAGUGGGGGAAGGGGCGCACGGAGAGUGGGGGAAGAGGCGCACGGAGAGUGGGGGAAGAGGCGGAAAUUAUAGGCGAUGCUCCAUCAGGUGCUUACUCAGGUGCUUCGUCAGGUGCUCCCUCAGGUGCUUCCUGUACCGUUCGUACAUACCUUGUGCCUCCUCCUCUUUAUAUACUGAAAGCCCCUCGCCUGUGCUCGUCUUCCUCCGCCCUCCACCAUCAGGUAGCGUGCUCACCACUCGCCCUCACGCCAGCCUCCACCUGUCGUGCACCAGCCACCUGCGACCACGCCUCGGGUCUCUGCCUCCUGCCCUCCGGCCGCCCCUCGCCCCUCCCCCUCGCCGCCGCGCCCCCCUACACUCCCCCCCCGCCCCCCUCCCCACCUGCUCCACCUGUCUUCCCCCUGCAUGGCGCCCCGCCCGCCCCUGGGAGCACCGGCAACAGCAGCACAGGCAGCAACAGCAGCAGCAGCAGCAACAGCAGCAUGGGGGGCGAGGCGCCGCAGUACGGGGUGUUGGUGCGCAGCGUGGUGGUGCUGGGGGGGGCCAACAUCAGCGCCAUCCGCGACGGUGCGCGGCUGCAGGAGUUCCAGGCGCAGUUUCAGGCGCAGAUGAGCGCCGCGGCGAGGGCCACGGGGUACGAGGGGCAGGUGGACGUGGCGAUCGAGGCCAUCUAUGCGGGCAGCAUCCUCGUGCAGUCCACUGUCAACUUCUUCCAAGCCACCAGCUUUAACAUGCCCGGUCAACUGCUCCACAACCUCAUCACGUCUCCCGCGCUCAUCUUUGCAGCAUCAUCCUACUUCCUGGCGCUGCCCUCGGGCCGCAUCUCCUCCUUCAACUGCUCCAUGGCCGCCGCGCCGCCCUCCAACAGCGCGCCCCAGGGCGCGGAGGGGCCGCCUUUAGGCAUCUCGUACGGCGCAUGGGCCGCCAUGGCUGCGGCUAUCCUUGUUGCUGGCGUCGCCAUCUGCACCGUGCUCAGCCGUAGGGCAUCAAGAAGGCGACGGGAGGCGCUACUCUAUGCACACGGGUACGACGCCACAGGAGCGCCGUGGUACAUGGAGGGGGAGGAGUACGAUGAGGACAUGGAGGGUGACCUGGAUCUCGACCUCGACCCCCUUGAGGCAUAUGCUCAGGUACGUACCUACCCCUCCUCUCCUGGCCCCCCAACUCUCCCGCCCCCUCAACCCUGCUCACGCCAUGGGGUUCACGAGCACUGGCCGCUAUGUGCGUUGGGUGUGUGCACCCCAUACCACCUCCACGUGCCCUUCUCUCCCUCCCUCAUCACCGCUCUUUUACUUCCCCCCCCACCUCCCCUCGUUGCUCUCCCCGCGCCCUGCCAACAGCUGGUGGCGGAGGCACAGCAGCACCAGGGGGGCGACAUGGGUGGAAUGGGUGGGAUGGGCGGGAUGGGGGAGGAGGGCAUGCAGGGGGGCAUGGCGCAGCUGUCAUCCCUGCCCUCAUCGCUGCAUGCAGCAGCCUUCAUGGCGGCAGCAGCAGGGGGUGGAGCAGCACCCCCCCCAGGCCCGUCCCCCCCUCUCCUGCCCGCCAGUGAGCGCCUGCCUGCGCCCUCGCGCCGUCUCUUCGCUCUCCCGUCCUUUUCAUCGCGCCGCCACCCUUCUUCCUUGAAGCCCUCGCGUGCCAUCUCCGGUCCCAUCCUCUUCCACGCCCCCACCCCCACCGCCUUCACCAGCGCUGCCAUGCCCCGUCCCCCCUCUGGCCCGCUGCUGCCCCCUUCUGCUGCCGCUAGGGAGGCCGCCAGGCUGGGGGAGGGCGGUGAGGGGGACGACGCACAGGGGGAAGGGGGGUGUGAGGGGAAGGAAAAAGGGCGGGAUGCGGUGGAGGAGGUGGGGGAGGAGGCGUGGGGGCGGGCGGCGUUGAGGAGGCUGGUGCGGUCGGUGUCGGGGCCGCUGGCGGUCAUCUGGGCGUCUGACCCGCGCCCCCCCGCGCCCGCCACGCCGCACCACGCCCUGCCCCACUCGCACUCCCUCCACCCGCACCGCCUCUCGGGCCGCCUGCGCAUGGGCAGCGCCUCUGGGCGGCUGUCCGGGCGGCUGUCUGGCCGGCUGUCUGGGCGGCUGGUGGCAGGGCGGCCAGCAGGCAGGCCCAGGCGGUCGGGGGAGUUGAGGCGAUCAGGGGAGUUGAGGCGGUCGGGGGAGCUGGCAGAGGGGGCGGGAGCGCGGGCAGGGGGGAGGCGGUUCCCCUCAGGCGAGCUGGGCGCGGGGAUGGGCGCAGGGGGAAGGCAGAGGGGCAUGUCGGGGCCUAUUGACGCCAUGGGGCGGCCUGCAGGGGCGGAGUUCAUGGGCGUGGGCGCAGGCAUGGGCAGGCAUGCUGGGGGCCUGGGCGGGGGCACGUUGCCUCUGUCCCUGGCCGCAGGCAGCUAUGCUGGCAGCUACGGGGGAAGCUAUGGAGGCAGUCAUGGGGGCAGCAAUGCAGGCAGCCAGCCCGGCACACAGCCGCAGUCACCGUCCAACAGAGGGGGGGCAGGGAGGCGAGCAGGGGGCGAGCAGGAGGCGGAGGGCAGUGCGGCGGUGGGUUCGCUGAGCGGGAUAGAGCCGUCGCUGCUGCACCAGAUGCACCUGCAUGGCAUGCACCUGCCCUCCCACCUGCCCAUCCAUGCCUCCGCCUCCCAGCCCUCCAUGCCCGGCCUUGGCCAAGCCCCCCCACAACCGGGGGCACAGGGCGCAGCAGCAGCAGGGGAGGGCGGGGCGGCGCGCAUGGUGCGGGUGAGCUCUGCGGAUUCCGCUGCCGCUGGUGCAGGAGGGGCAGCGGUGGGGGGGCUACCGCGAGCAAGCAGUGGGGGGCUGCCGCGGGUGGGCAGUGGCGGCCUGCCGGGCACGGGGGGCUCCACGCCCACGCUCAGGCGCGGCCUCUCUGUGUCGCCCUCCCACCGCGCUGCCCUCGUUGCUGCCCUCGCUGCCGCUGCAGCCUCCGGGCAGCUCAACCCCUCGGGGCAGCUCAGAGCUUCCGGGCAGCUGCGCACAUCGGGGCAGCUGAGGCGCCUUGCGUCAGGGCAGCUGCAGGUGCCGGAGCACCUGAACCUCAACAGCACCACCACUGCCACUGCCUACCCCACCGGCAACAGCAUGAUGAGCAACGGCAGUGGCAGCGGCGCAUGGUCUUACUCUGCCAUGGGCCCUCCUCCCCAUGCCCAUGCUGCCCCCUCUGGCUCCACCGACACCACCGCUGCUGCGGGUGCAGCAGGGGAGCACCAUGUGCGCAUUUCGGGGCAACUGGUGGGUGGGGGGCUUGGGGCUGCCGAGGGUGGCGGUUCGGGCAUCGCAGGGUCGGGGAUGAGUUCGGGAAUAGGUUCGGGGAUUGCAGGUUCGGGCAUGUUGUCGGCAUCGGGGUCGGCAUGGGGGCAGAUGCCGCACUUUGGUCAGCUGAACCGGUCGGGGCAGCUGAGAAUACUCAAGCAGCUCGGCACACAUGGUGCCGGCACACCCCCCAUGCCCAUGCACGCCCAGGGGCAGGGGCACGGGCAUCAUGGGCAUGGGCAGGGGCAGGCGAGGCAAUCGUCCCCCCGUGCUGCUUCCCCACAGGCUGGAAGCCUUCCAGGCCAAUCAUUCCAGCAGCCAAUGCAGUCAAGCCAGUCAAUGCAGCAGGCAAGGCGGGCGGUGUCAGGGGUGGUGCGCUUCACCAACCCGCUCGCUGCCGCCCACCUCACCGCCUCCUCCGGGCAGCUUAACGCGCCCCAGCGUGGCCCUAACCAAUGGCUGCGCAGAGCCCGCUCCAACGUGGGGCUGUCCGGGCAGGUUGAAAUGUCGGGCAUAGUGGCGCAAUCAGCGCAGAUGGUGAGAGUGCCCAGCAACGGAGAGUACUCUGCUGCCCAAGUCACCCCGUCUGGGCAGCUGAGAAAAAACUUUCCUUCUUUUGCAACUUCGGGGCAGCUUCGGAACCCAUCGGGUCCAUUUGCCCAGUGGGGUCGGGGAGGGUCGGGGCGGAGAGAGGAGCUGGCAGAAGCGGCAGAGAUGGCGGCAGAGCAGGCAGAGAUGGCGGACUUCUACACGCGCAUGCGCAAUAAGGCCACUUCCGGACCCAUCUACUUUGGAUGA